CUGAUUGGCCGCGGGGCGGGAUUGCCGUUAUGGUGGGGAGAGAGAAGGAGCUGAAGAUCCACUUCAGCCCCGGACACGUCAGCCUCGUGCAGGAGGAUGCCCCUGUGCCCGAUCGACGGGUGUUGGUCACUGGAGCCACAGGGCUCCUGGGCCGAGCGGUUUACAAAGAGUUUGCGGACAAUGACUGGGACACGAUGGGAUGUGGCUAUAAAAGAGCUCGGCCAAAGUUUGAACAAGUGAAUUUGCUGGACCCCUCGGCAGUGCGACAGCUAAUCCAGGAGUUCAAGCCCCACACUGUGGUGCACUGUGCGGCAGAACGGAGGCCUGAUGUAGUGGCCUCUCAGCCUGAACACUCCACUCAGCUGAACGUAAUGGCUUCGGGAUGGAUAGCCAAGGAGUCAGCUGAGAUUGGAGCAUUCCUAAUCUACAUGAGUACAGACUACGUGUUUGAUGGGACCAGUCCACCCUAUCGGGAGGAAGACACUCCCAAUCCCCUCAAUACGUACGGCAAAACCAAACUGCAAGGGGAGCAGGCAGUGCUGCAGAACCACCCAGGGGCUGCAGUGCUGAGGGUUCCGGUGUUAUAUGGUGAUGUGCAAUCUCUGGAGGAAAGUGCUGUCACUGUGUUAUUUGACAAAGUUCAGCACAGUAACAAGUCGGCCAAUAUGGACAACUGGCAGCAGAGAUUCCCUACGCACGUGGGCGAUGUGGCUCGGGUCUGCAGGCAGCUGGCGGAGAGGAGGCUGGAGGAUUCUUGUAUCAAAGGCAUUUUCCACUGGUCGGGUAACGAGCAGAUGAGCAAGUACCAGAUGGCCUGCAUCAUGGCGAACGUCUUCAACCUUCCCAGCAGUCACCUGCGCUCGAUCACAGAGAGCCCCGUGGUGGGAGCUCUCCGUCCUCAGAACACCCAGCUGGACUGCUCCCGCCUGGAGAGGCUGGGAAUCGGACACCGGACACCGUUCCUCACCGGGAUCCGCCGCUGCCUGUGGCCGUUCCUGCUGGACAAGAAAUGGAGACAGACGGUCUUUCACUGACCAUAAAAUGGCUGCAGUGAAGGGCAGAGGCUCAGAGCUUGUGAUAAGUUGUGAAAUCUAGGUUCAGGCAGUGCCCCCUCCCCUCCCCUCACAGCCCACGAGGAGCUUUAGAGGUUUGUGUAACAAUUGCAGCUCAGCCUGAUGAGGUGUUCAGUGCUCAGAGCAAGACGCGGUGAGCGUGGGGAAAGCACUAGUUUAAACAUUCUCCCUUUGGGUUUGUCUCUCUCCCCGCCCCCCCAACCACUGUGUGAGCUGGGCACUGGCUGCCGUCUCCAGGUUCCUUUGAAAUACAUGAGUGCGGUUUAGAGAAAAAACUUAUUAUCAAAGUUUCCAGUUUGUUUCCUAUUGAAAAAAAUCCUCAAGUACUUAACUUCUCAUUCCUCUUAUGGAGGAGUGAAUAAUGCCGCUGUGUCUGUGUGUACGUGCAAGGGUGUAUAUUUGUGUGUGUAUAUGUGUGUUUGCGAGAGAAGGCAGGGAAAUCACAGAUGCAAUAACCUGGCUUGUCCACAUCGCUUCACCCUGUACCUGAAAACUGCUUUGCUUUAGUGAUUGUGCUCCAACCUCACUAGUUUAUUAUUUUGCAAUUCCAGAAAUUCCAAAUACCAGGAAGGCUAUGUGUGUAUCAUGGCUGCUGUCUGUAAGCUAUCAAGUCACCGUUGUAGUUAGAAACAUGUUGCACUGAAACGCAAAUUUAAUUCUGCUCCUGAGACGCUCGUCACACGGGUACAGCAUUACUCAGUGCGUGUUGUUGACUGUGCACUGCAUUGUGACUACAGCUUCAAUCAUACGAGGCCUUGAGUGUGGAGCUGAGACUGGCCCAGGUGACAGCGAUGUGUGGAUGAAGGCCUUGGCUCUGCCCGGAGAGAAGCUUGGCUUUAAGCUUCACAUCUUUGCUGAAUGAGUAGAAGUCGUUUUGUUGAAUGGUUGUUUUGAGCGGUGUGACUGCUGGGCGAGGCUUUGUGGUUUUACACUGAUGCCAAUUGUGACUGUUUAACAGGUUGUCACAGUGACUGUAACACACUCUGGGACAGAGGCUGCUUUCCCCACUUGAUUGUAUGUUGUGCACGUGUCUUGUCACACUCAGUGAAUGUAGAGCUUGAUGGAGUGACUGAUACUUUGACUUUCCUUAUUCUAGUAAAACCAAGGAAUAAAGCUUA